AUGGCCAUAGAGGGACUUCACCUCUAUCUAAUGCUGAUCAAGGUGUUUAACACCUACUACAAACACUACCUACUGAAACUUUCACUUGCGGGUUGGGGUAUUCCUGCUGUAAUUGUGGCAGUCUCUGUAGGAGUGAUGGAUUGCAAACAGUUUUAUGGAGUUAAACAGAUGACCAUGGCUGACACCAACCAAACUAGUUCGAUCUGCUGGAUCACUGACGACACCUUCUUCUACUCCUUGAACCUGGUAUAUUUCACCCUUGUUUUUAUCUUUAACACUGGCAUUCUCAUGGCAGUGGCUUCUAGCAUAUGUAAGAUGAAACAAGUGUUACAGACUACCUUAAAGACAGGAGCCACAGCUAAGGGAAAUUGUGGGAGACCGAGAGAGGCUUAA